UAGGCGGAAGGUUAUACGGUGUAACGUUAUGCUUUUGCUAAUGUUAGUUGUCAAUGUGCAAGAUAAAGAAAAGGAAAAGAAAAAGUAAAGGAGAGCAAAACCUGCUUGACACUUGGCUGAUGCAGGAGAAGCUUGGUGGUGAUAUGGCAGCGGCAACUUGUUACACACGUUCCGCUGUUCGUUUCUCCAAUGUACAUAGUAGAAUAAUAAUAACAACAGUAAUUACGAUGAUGUUGUUGAGUUGGUGGCACCAGUAAACCAAAUAUUGUGCUGAGGAACGAAAAAAAAAAAGAAAGGAGAAAAACUAUUUAUACAACUAAACGAACAACAGCACCACAAGUUGCUGUUGAUUAGUGUGUGUGUGUGUGUGUGUAUAUAUAUAUAAUUUUUUUUUCUCUGUCGUGUGACCGUCGCAAAGUGCUAUUAAUAUUUCCAUCUACCUUUUUCCUCUUUACAUCAUCAUGGGUAGUGGAAGGUGUUCUUUAUCGCCGACCAAUACGGCAAUAAUGGUCAUUUUUGUCCUACAGCUGCUCAGCACUGUUGAACGCUUGAUAUUUGAUUUCCUGGGUUAUAUGUGGGCUCCAAUAAUGGGAAACUUUUUGCAAAUUAUCUGUGUGAUUAUUGGAAUAUUUGGUGUAUGUCAAUACAGACCUUGUCUUGUGGCUGUGUAUUCAAUAUGGAGUUUGCUAUGGAUAGGUUGGAAUAUUUUUGUCAUUUGUCUCUACUUAGAAAUUGGUAUAUUAAGCAGGACACGAGAAUUAUACAUUUUAAAUAUUGGAACAAAGAAUAAAAGCUGGUGGUUAGAACAUGGCAUUGGUUGUCAGGUGACAAAUAACACAUGGGAGAAAAAUUACCAUGGAGAAACCAGUAGACCAAUUCCACCUGAAGAAUUUGUAGAAGGGUGUCUUGUAGAAUAUUAUUAUGUUGAAUUCAUUCAUGCUGCUGUGCAGUGUUUGUUUUCAUUCUUUGGGUUUAUAAUUUCCUGCAUCACCAUCUACAUGUACACAGAAGAAGAUGAGAGCUCUACCAGUGUGAAUGAUGAAAUGGAGUUUGUCAAGAUGCGUUAUAAGUCACCAGCUCGAAACAGUUUCAAAAGCAGUUACCAUUAUGGCAUAAACCAUGCAACCAGUUUUGAUAGCCUUGGUGCCGGUGGCUCACCUAGUGUGAUCAGCUCUGAACAGCCCCCUAGUUAUGACAACCACAUGUACGACUCUACUGCUGCUUGCUACAGCACUCCAGCUAGUGGUGUUGGAGUAAGUAGAUCCACUGCUGCUAAUAAUCCUCUCUAUGCAACUGUUGAUCGCCAGAGCUUACGCAACAAGGCCAGUCAACGGUCGAAAUCUUCAAAAAAGGACACUAACAAGAGGAAAGACUUACCUUGGGUUCAUGUCAGCCCUUCGUCAAAUUACACAAAUCACCAGUUUACCAACUAUUAACAAUAACAUUAAAAACAAAAAGGAAGCUUGCAUUUUUAAAGAUAUUUUAAAAGGAACUUAUGAAAGCAAGCAAAAAUACUUUGUCUCUGAAACAAAAUGUUAGAGGCAGGGAAUAUGUAAAACAUUUUUUUAAAUAUGGAAAGAAAAAUCCCUAAGAGGUGUAUAAAUGUAUUUAAGAUAUGCAUUUUUUUACACUUGAGGGUAUUUUUCUUAUUCUUUGCCUUGCAUAUUUAAAAUGAGAUGUGAAUAAGCAAUUGUCCAGUUAAUGUUUAAAUUGAUGCUAUAACCUUGUCCUCGCAGCACAUCUGACAAAUUUCUCACUCCAGCUGCCACUAUACUUCUGGCAAGACUGGAAGAAAUCAGUGGCUACCACAGCUAACUACACUCCCAUUACCCUCUCAAAAAAUUAUAUAAGGAUCUAUUGAUCUUUGAUUUUGUCAUCUGCCAACCAUUGUUACAGACACAAUACAUAUACACCCAUAAAUGCAUAUGCACAUUCCAACAAUAUGCAGACCAGUAAUUACACACACACACACACACACACACACACACACUUACAUACUCAUGUAUACAUACACAAUCACACACAACUCUCACUUAAUGUAUUAAACUGUACUGUAGAUUGCCUGAAUGCAAGACUGGUUGUGGACACAAGUUCAAAUCUUGAUAUAUAUAUAUAAAGUACAUGCACAUACAAAACCUUAGUCCUUCUACCCACACCAAGUAACAAUAUCACUGUACCCCUCCUAGUACCAAACACUUGAUUAUACACCUCUCUUACUAUCAAUCUCCCCACUUCCUCAACCACCACUUUAAUAAACAUACCAUCCACUGCUAGGGGCAAGAUGCAAUCAUACUCUAACUACACUUACUUUUCAUUUGAAACCCUUUACCAAUUCUUUACUAAUGUUUUGCCACUAUUUCUAUCUGUUUAUGAAGCCUCAUAUGGAAAGGAGCAAAAAGGAAGGGAAGAGUAAAAAGUGAGAUGUUGUGGAGUAAAAUGAUGCAUUUCCCCCUCAGUUAUAAAUGUGGCAUACUGGAUGUUGUCUCAGCAGAUUGUCUAUUAGCAAUAUUCUGACAUUACUCAUUUAAUAUAUAUAUAUGUAUAUACACACAUAUAUACAUUGAUGUGCAAGCACACAUGCAUAUAUACAUUUGUGUGUCUGUGCACAUGCACUUAUUUUUGUAAGUGUACAAAGAAUCCAUAGAUGAGGUAUUAGUUUAGCUUUAAUGCUAAAUGUCACUGGGUAUGAAAUAUUUGGUGUGUGUAUAUGUCUAAUAAAUAUAUAGGAUACAGCUCUUCAUUUUUGCAUAUUUUGUUUAAUAUGCAACCAAAGAGUCUGUUUGCCAGUUUGGUGUUGAAUAAAACCUUCUGAAAGACCCUACACCAAACUAAUUAUUCUAUCAAAUACAUGCACAUACACUCUGUGUGUGUGUAUGUAUGUAUGUGUGUAUAAACAUAGGGCAUUAACACUAUACCUGUGUAUUUACAUGGAUGCUGGCAAUCUUCAAUAGACAGAAUGUGAGAGUAAUAAUAUUCAUAAAUAAAUUCAUGCAUGCAUACAGAUUUUUAUAUACACUCUCCAACACUGAAUGAUUUUGCAUUUCACACUUCAAAGAUUUUGCAUGUGAAACCAGUAACGUGUAUAUUCAUGCACACUGCAAUAAACAAAAUAUGCACCUCUGUACAUACACACUCACAUACUCUGACUAACUAUAUACACCCCCUGCACACAUACACAGCCACACACACACAUACACACACAUACAUCUAUUCAUAAAUGCUGUUAUAUUAAUGUAAAUAUUUUAAACAAAACUGAAACCAUUUAUUUACUACAACCAAAAGAAUCUGAGUCUUUCAUAUGUGAUCCAAGUUGCUUUAGCCCUGCUUUUCUUUCUCUCCCUGAAACAUAUACACACUUCCUUUCUCUCUAUUAAAGUCCUACAUCACUACAUUUACUAACAUCUGCACAGUGGUCUGUUAUAUACUAUUCUUACAACAGUUGUUUUUGACUGUAAUAUUCCAGCUUAUCAUUUGAAGGGGGCUUAUACAACUCUCACAUGAUGAGGUUUCCUGUUUUUUUAAAUUUUCUUUGGAUUUUCUUCCACAUCCCCACUCCAUACACACCCCUCAAAAAAAUUUACUAAAUGUUUAUUUUUUAUUUCUUUUUUAUUAACAGAAAAAAACAUUUAACUGAUUUUGAAAUUAAAAUUCACAAUUAUAUUAAAAAUUGUUAAAUGAAAAUUAUAUUGAAAAUUGUUAACUAUAAAACAAAAUGUUCAUAUAUAUAAAUAUUUAUGUAUGUAUAAAUAUAUAUAUAUAUAUAUAUAUAUAUAUAUAAAUAUAUAUAUAUGUGCAAAUUAACCUGUGCUGACAAAAUACUUAUCAAAAAAUAAUUAAAAAUAUUACUAAAA